AUGGAAUUAAUUACGAGCACGCUUGAAACAUUCCGGGAGCAGCGUCGCAAAGUUGGUACGAGCAUGAGUGUGGCCAAACAAAAAGAGAUGUUCCACGGUCAGGCGAAACGAGAGCAGUCGCUCGCAGAGCUGAAGGAGCACAUACACAAGUACUACAUACCACUCGGAAGACAGUUCAUGGUGCUAUUUCCCGAAGGAGGCUUCCUUCACAAGAGGAGAGAAGUCAGUCAGAGGUUUGCUCAGAAGAAUAAUCUGCCAAAGUUAGAAUACGUGUCCCUGCCUCGAGCCGGCGCCUUGAAGAUUAUAAUGGAAGAAGUAGGACCCCAGGAUCCCACCGCCAGUACUUCGAAACAAGGAAAUAAAAGAGAUGACGUGAACCAGAACAGCACAAGGAUCAUAGACACGAAAACCGGCGACGCCAUAGAGUGGGUCCUGGACGUCACCAUCGCGUACCCCGACCGCAUACCGCUGCAUCUGCAGGACAUAGUCUGUGGCACAAGACAGCCGUGCCGGACGCAUCUGCACUACAGGCUUUAUCCAAGUAGUGAGGUACCAACCGACACCGACGGCAUGACUCAGUGGCUGUACGAUAGGUUUAUAGAGAAGGAUAAAAUGCUAGAAGAAUUUUACCGCACGGGGCAGUUUCCAUCUAAGGAGAACGGCCCGCAAGUAGUAAGGCAAGUCAGGCAGGACAAUGUGCGCUACCUGAUCUUGCAUCUAUUUUUUAUAGCAUCAACGUUUUUACAAUACAGAAUUCUCUGUGAACUGUGGAGCUAUUUCUGGUAA